AGACAUGUUUUAGGCUUCUUUAGGGCUAGUUUAAGUUGUUUUAGGUUGUUCCCAGACUUGUUUAGGGUUCUUAUAAUUGUUUCAAACUUGUUGAAAUGAUUUUUGACCAGAAUUUCAUUGGAAUUUGGCCUAAAAAUGCGUCCGAGGGCCCGAAAGUGGGGCUUUUGAGGUGAAGCGAGAUGGCUGGGCUGAGCCUAAAAUAUGAGCCUAAGUGCGCGCCUGAGGGAGCCUUGACAACAGAGGUUUAUAUAAACAAACAUGUGAGAGACAAUGAAUCCAUCGAUGAAUUGAAUUGGGUUUUACCCUUCUUCUCCUCUCAAGUGUUCUUGUUCUAUUUAUUGAUCUUGUGCUUGAUGUAAUAGAAAUGUACAUGUGUAUAUUGCUGAAAGUUCUCGAACAGCGGAAUGCUCGAUUGACCCUUGUUGAUUAGAAGAUAGAUUUAUAAAACCUAAAUUAAUAUGAGCAAGAGCAAUACACAGAACAUAAUAUCUGCUAAUCUUGGUGAACUAGUAUUCUCACAAAUAAAAUAUGCAUUUGUGAUUCCAUCAAUUGUAAUCAAAACUCUUUUUAAUUAACCUUUUACUACUUAAAACAAAAACAAACAUAUUACGUUGUCUUUAGCAUGCAUAUUUUUAUGUUUUGCGGGGAAAAAAAGGUUUCCAAGCAAUGUGGAUGAGCAUUGUUAUCAUCUACUCAACAAAUUAAACAAGGAUUUUCUUAGUUCCCUCCAUCCGCCUUCACCUUGUAAUCCUAACCCAAAACUCUACAUAACACUAUCACUCGCCAACCGUGACUCUCUUCCCAGAAUCUUAGCUUUUCGUGCUAUGGGCAACGGCAUUAGCAAUGUCAAACCUUCCACAGGUUGGUUGGUUAAUACAUCUUUUACCAUCACUAUACAUACGCCAAUAAAUGCACAUGCACUAUAUAUCUUUUUGUUUGAACAGAGAGAUCAGAGGGAGGAGAACACAGCAAUAGCUCUCAUCCCCACAAGCUGGACCAGUUUCGCUACAAAGUCUUGAAAGCGGCAACCGGGAAGUUCUGCAGCAAGAAUUUAGCCGGGCAGGGAGGGUGCAGUGACGUCUAUAAAGGGUGGCUGGGUUAUCGAACCGCAACACCAGGAUGUGGAUUACCAGUUGCCGUUAAACGGAUCAAGAAACAAGGAUACCAAGGAUUAGAUGAAUGGAAUAAUGAGCUGAGGAUUCUGAGUAGUUUUCAUCAUCCGAAUGUGGUUAAACUGUUGGGAUACUGUGCUGAAGGUGUACACAGGAUGCUAGUGUUUGAGUUUAUGUGUAAUGGAAGUUUGGAAGAAAAUCUUUCCAGAGAAUGCUGUAGAGAAGUAGAGUGGAGUAAAAGAAUGGAGAUAGCUAAAGGGUUAGCAAGAGGUUUGGAGUAUCUCCACAACAUGGACCCACCCGUCAUCCAUCGGGACAUCAAGUCCGCCAAUAUUCUUCUUGAUCACGACUUCACUCCAAAGAUUGCAGAUUUUGGACUAUCUAGAUUCGGACCCCAGGGUGACAAAACACAUCUGUCAACCAGGGUUCUUGGGACUGAAGGUUACUUUGCCCCCGAGUACAUUGGAACAGGUCAUCUGACACUAAAAACUGAUGUAUAUAGUUUAGGAGUAGUACUGUUGGAGAUUCUGUCAGGUUUAAAAGCAGUUAAGAGGUAUCCGAACGGAAGGCGAAUAGAACUCUCACAAUGGGCUACACCAUAUCUAAAUGACAAGAACCAGCUACACCGUGUAAUUGACAAAAGGAUUAUAAAGAAUGUGGACAUGGAAGAAGCUUACGACUUUGCGACCAUCAUUUCACAAUGCCUUACUCAAGAUCCAAGAAGACGUCCAACAAUCACCCAAGUGCUGCAUAGUCUUCAACACAUUGAAUCGAAACAUCAACACUUUGCAUAACAAAAACACACCUACCUGUUAUAUUGUAUACAUAUGAUAGACUGAAUAAAUGAGACAACAGAGAUGUGUCCUUCUAACAUAUAGAGGAAACUCUUAUCCUA